AUGAGCCAGGAGGACUGGGACGCGGAGAUCGGCGACAGCGCGGCGCCGGCCCGCCCGCUCUUCGAGGAGCUGGAAACGGGCUUCUCUGGGAGACCAGAUGGCCUCUUGUCUGACUGCAGUCAAAGCAUAAGCUCAUUAGGUGCUGGUGAAGGACCUAACAAAAGUCAGCAUAUGCAGGAUGAUUUUGGAGUUGGAGGAUGUUUUAGGAGAAAAGAAAAAGACAUUGCCAACCUGGACCAAGUUCAGCAGCGUGCCACCAGCAUGCUCAGGGGGCUGGAACACUUGCCUUAUAAGGCUGAGGGAGCAGGACUUCUUCAGCCUGGAGAAGGGAAGUCAGGGGGACCUCAGAGCAGCCUUCUUGUACAAAUGAGGAGGUUAUCAGGAAUGUGGAGCCCAGGCUCUUUACUGAGGUUCAGAACAGAUACUAAUGAAUCUCAGAACAGAGAGGAUCAGCCAGUGAGAUUUGGUAGUGGAAGGAGUUUUGGAAACAGAGGUUUUCAAGAAAGGAACAACUUAGAAGGUCCCAGUACACGGAAAGGAGGUUUUAGAGGAGUUUCUGGAGGCUUUGGACAAAGUCAGAGUGCUAAAAAUGAGCAAAGGGACAGACCUCAAUCUAGCAGUUUUGCCUCUAGGGAGAGAGGAGCACUUGGAGGACCUGCAGGAGGUUACAAAGGACAUGAUGAAGAAAUAGGUUCUGGAAGAAGUCCGAAGGUGACCUAUGUGCCUCCUCCUCCACCUGAUGAUGAAGCCGCCAUCUUUGCACAUUAUCAGACAGGAAUUAAUUUUGACAAAUAUGACCAAAACGUUGUCGAAGUAUCAGGACUUGACCCUCCACCAGCAAUACUGACUUUUGAAGAAGCUAACCUCUGUCAGACUUUAAACAAGAACAUUGCUAAAGCUGGAUAUUCUAAACUUACUCCAGUGCAGAAGUACAGUAUUCCCAUUAUACUUGCAGGACGAGAUUUAAUGGCAUGUGCCCAGACAGGAUCUGGAAAAACUGCAGCUUUUCUUCUACCAAUUGUGGCGCAUAUGAUGAGAGAUGGCAUAACUGCCAGUUGUUUUAAAGAGCAGCAAGAACCAGAAUGUAUUAUUGUAGCUCCAACUAGAGAAUUGAUAAACCAGAUCUUCCUAGAAGCAAGAAAAUUUGCAUAUGGGACUUGCAUAAGGCCUGUUGUGAUCUAUGGAGGAACACAAACAGGUCAUUCAAUUCGUCAGGUGAUGCAAGGCUGUAAUAUACUAUGUGCCACACCAGGAAGGCUUAUGGACAUCCUUGGAAAAGAGAAGAUUGGUCUGAAUAAAGUGAAAUACUUGGUGCUAGAUGAAGCAGACCGUAUGCUUGAUAUGGGUUUCGGUCCAGAUAUGAAGAAGCUAAUUUCUUACCCAAGCAUGCCACCAAAAGAUAGACGUCAAACGUUGAUGUUCAGUGCCACUUUUCCUGAAGAAGUUCAGAGGCUGGCUGGUGAAUUUUUGAAAACUGAAUAUUUAUUUGUUGUUGUUGGACACGUGGGUGGAGCCUGCAGUGAUGUUCAACAAAGUAUUCUUCAGGUUGCUCAAUAUUCCAAGAGGGAGAAACUGUUAGAAAUUCUACAAAGCAUAGGUUGUGAACGAACCAUGGUGUUCGUGGAUACAAAGAAGAAAACUGAUUUCAUUGCAGCCUUUCUUUGUCAAGAAAAAAUACCAGCCACUAGUAUUCAUGGAGCUAGGGAACAGAGAGAGAGAGAAGUAGCUCUUCGGGAUUUUCGAUCUGGAAAAUGUCCAGUUCUUGUGGCAACAUCAGUGGCAGCAAGAGGCCUGGAUAUUGAAAAUGUUCAGCAUGUUAUUAAUUUUGAUCUUCCUUCCACCAUUGAAGAGUAUGUACACCGAAUUGGACGAACUGGUCGUUGUGGAAAUACAGGCAAAGCCAUUUCUUUCUUUGAUAAUGGUUCAGAUGGCCAUCUUGCACAAUCUCUAGUUAAAGUGCUUUCAGAUGCUCAGCAGGAGGUUCCAGUUUGGCUAGAAGAAAUUGCUUUUAGUGUUCAUGAAACUGGUCUUAGUGUUCCAAGACGAAGUGUCUUUACAUCAGUUGAUACCCGAAAAAAUUAUGAAGGCAGAGGCAGCACCAACCCAGGAGGAAUGAGAACAUCAUAUACUGCAAGUGCAUUUGAGUCAUGGGAUUAAAACUCGUUUAGUACCAAACUAGAUUGUUUUCUGUUGUGCCUUAAAUGAGCUGUUGCAGUUACUGUUCCUUA